CUGAAAAUUAAAUUUUGUUUUAUAGGUUAGAAAAAUCCAAUUUCAAAACUUUCAAAACUGAGUUGUAUGAGUCUUUUUACUAAUAAUAUCAAUUAUAUUUUCAUAAAUCGUCUCUAUAGAAUGUACAAUAGUUAAACUCUUUUUUUACAAAAUGAAUUCUCUGUGUAAACUGUGUCGACGUAACUUUAUAACUUUGAAAAGUAGUAGACCACUCUCAAGAAAUUAUUCAGAAAAUACUUUAGAUAAUCAUGUUUACGACCGUGUCAUACCUUGGAAAUCAAACCGAGAGCUUGCUGACUAUCUGUGCGAAAAUAUAGUUUACGAUUCUGAAGGACUGAUUGUGCUGAACAAACCCUACGGUGUCAGCUUCUCGAAGGAUGGUCUGAACUGGCAGAACAUAGCAGAGAGAUCCAAGGGGUUUAAGCCGGUUAUCAAGCAUCGUGUGCCGAAAGUUGCCAACCCGGACGAUGUGCUGGAAACAAAUCGUGGCUUCAUCAGAGACGAUGUCAUCAACUUGAAGGCCGCUCUGCCGUUUAUCGAGGAUAAAAUCAAUGGAGGACAACCGUUGAGGGUUGUACGUGUCCCUGAAAAAUAUACCAGCGGCGUAUCUCUGCUAGCACGACACGAAAAGUUGGAAUUGAAGAUCAAAAAAUGUCUGGCAAGAAGUAAAGCGCUAAGGGAGCCGGUUGACUCAUAUUUGGCAAUAGUCACUGGCGAACCAAUCAUAAAACGAUUGGAGAACUUCACAAUCGGAGUCAAACUGGAGUUUUCUGAAAACAAGAAACAGAAGAAGCCUGCGUUAACUAAAACGUACAGCAAGAACGAAUUGCAACGUAGCCUGGUGAAAGCGACAACAGUGCACAGUAACUUACUUAGUAUGGGGGUAGACGAGGACAGUGGAGACGCUUUGGCCAGUUUGGUGCAACUGGAAACUGGCAUAAAACGGUGGCAUUUUGUCAGGUUAUUUUUGGCGACCCAUUUGCUGGCCCCCGCCUUGGGUGACCAUUUAUUUGGGGCGCGAGUGAAGAAAGUUAUGGGCGAAAUGCUAUUGGUUGAUCAAUGGAGUCAGGCCGCUGCUACUGGGAAACAGAAACUGGACCGCAGACUCCUUGACCGGCUAGAUUUGACGGAGGGCAGCGAAAUGUACAUACCGACAAUGAUACAUCACUCGUCUGUCAUUCUGGAGGGCUUUCAGGGCAAGAAGACCGAUUCACAGUUCACUCUGCAAGCUAAACCGCCCCAACACUUUCUGUGGACUGCCGAAAGGCUGGCAUUAGAAGUGCCUCGCUGUGACCCGGACGAACAGGUUCAGGAAGCUAGUAUAAUACAAUAAAUUUCAUCAAUCAUAUUGUCUUAUAUGACAUGGUAGAUCUCUCAUUAAAGUGGUCCAGUGGAGAUGGAUGAAGUGAUCUAUUUUAUCAUGUUUCAUUACUAGAAAGAUAGGAUACAUCGUUGCCGAUUCUCUGUCUUGUCACUGACAGGCAAGUAAUAACAACAGGCAUUCGCUGUGUUUAAACCAUAGAGAAACGAUAGCAUAAGUAGAUAUCCCAUG